AGUAUAUCAUUCCGUUCACAUGACACCACCACCUCCAAACCUUGGCAUUGUAGCUCCCAUGGAGCCCUCACAGCACCAGCUCUCCAUGGACAGCUUCUCCUAUAGCUGGCUGCUGAACCUUAACCCCUCUUUCGACUCUCUUGAUGAUGGCCUUCGCUUCUCUCUCGACACCCAGGACGGUGGCUCCUUCAUCGAGAUGGACCCUAAGCUGAUCUCCAUGCGUUGGAAGGACGACUCCCUUGACUUCGACUUCACUCUCCCAAGCUCCCAAUCUCCAGCCCUCGUCCACGCCGACCAGAUCUUCUCCGAUGGCCUGCUUCUGCCACUCCAUCUCAUCACCUCACGAAAAAACGAAAUCGCCUCCAACUCCUCCAUGAACUCGGUUUUGAUCAGAUCUCUCUCACUAGAUUCAUCCAAGUCACUGCUCUCUGGGAGCAACCGGUUCGGUUCUCGCUACUUCUACACCGUCCCAAGUAGUCCUGUUGCUUUGAAUUCUUCAUCACUUUGUGGUCCGGUGCAAGGAGUGCCGACUUCAUCAUCCUCGAGAUCAUCCAAGAGCAUGUUCUCCAGAGGCAGCAACGCCAAGCUACAUUUCUUGGGGGGCUGCACGAAGUCCUCAAAGAAGUUCAUCCAAAGGUACUUGAGUUUUCUAAUGCCUCUCUACAGGAAGUUCAAGGGAUUGAAAUUGAUCAGGAGGGCAGGCUCGAGUCGAAGCCGCGUCGAAUCGAUCGGAGCAUCCUCGAGGACCAGCGAUGCUUUAUCGAGCUUCAAGUAUUGUCAUGGCAGGAGAACGUUUGAUAUGGGAACUCAGAAUGCUAUAAAUGAUGCCGUUCUCCAUUGCAAAAAUUCGUUUGGGACCAUUACAGAAGAAGGCCGCCUAAGCGGAUGCUGAGAAAAGAAGAAUCUCUGCUGGAUAUCACCUGCUGCAUGCGUAUGUUUGUCGCUUGUGCUUCCUACAAUGUUGGUUAGUUAAAAGGGUUUGUAGAUGAUGAGCUAUUGAGGGACCAAAGCUUCUUGUUUUUAUUCUUAAGAAAAUUUCCAGUGAUAGUAUGGAUAUCUAUCUAUCUCUCUCUGUCUCUGUGCUUUGGCUAUUACUAUUUGUGAGUGGACCUUUAUACAAAACCCUGAAGAACUGAGAAUCUGAUAUAUGUUACAAAGAAUUUCCAUACAAAA